UUAAAUUAUACAAAGUAAGGCCCACUUCCUGGUACACUAGACACUUGAAAUUUUGCACAACUCUAGAUUAGUUCGUGUAACGACUAGAAACCGCCUAAAACCUGGCGAUUUCUUCAUUUAAUAUAAUCUAAAAUAUUCAAAAUGGCUGACCAGUGCAGCUUUUUCUCCUAAGCUCUGUAACGCUUAAACAAGAGGUCGGACCUCAAAACCAACCGCAGAAUCGAAAGACAGAAUUUAAUUUUCUACAAGUAAGUACCAGUCACUUUUUUUCGUAUCUCUUGCGGUUACGUCCCAAAACGGCUUCAAAGUAAAAAGUGUUCGUUAAGUCUGGAAAAUCGAGAAAGUUAACUCCCUGGCAUAAACUAAUCUUGGACCUAACUUAUCACCAAAUUAUUCUUCAAGCCGAUUUUUGGUAACUCGUCACUUAAGGGGCCUGGAGGCAUCGUAGCAUAGACGUUAAAAAGUAGCAAAUUCUUAAAAGAGCUAAACGGCGCAGUCUUUUCUCCCAAGCUCAAACAUUUAUAUAAUAUUGAUUAAAAAAAAAUCAGAGGAAAAUUAAAAUAUAAGCGCUGAACUCAUCACUUCAAAUUGCAGCCCGUUCUUUGUGAUGGUGGUGGGGGAACCUACCUCUUGCCAUCCCCACUACUGUGACCGGGGAUGACCGCAUGCUACCUGAGGCGGUUGGACACAGACCCCGUCAGUUGCCCGUUUGUCAGUAUCCAGGUGACAGUGUUUGAGUAGCGUUCUUGUUUUCAAGAAAGUAUACACUUUAAAGAUAUCUUGUUAUUUGAAGACUGUAGUUUACACAGUGUUUUUAUAAAAUUAUAAGGCAGUGUUAAUAUCCAGAGGAAUUUAGAGACUCGUUGUGACUUUGAGGGAAAAACUUCCAUACCCGCUGACCUGUAGGAUCAUAGAACUUUUUCUAGUUCUGAACAUCUUCAACAAAUAAAUCAUGGGCCGACGCAAGAGUAACAGAAAGCCUCCUCCAAAAAGAAAGGCGGUUGAGCCCUUGCUAUUGGAGUUCAACUGCCCAUUCUGCAAUCACGAGGGAUCGUGUGAUGUGACGAUGGAUAGAGGACGUAGAUCUGCGAAGAUAGCGUGUCGAGUUUGUUUCGAGGACUUCCAGACAACCAUCCACUUCUUGACAGAGCCUAUUGAUGUCUACAAUGAUUGGAUAGACGCGCGUGAGACUGCCAACUGAAUCCCCACUGCGUAUGCAUUGCGGAUCUGGUUGGUGACUGAAGAAUGAAAAUUAUCAAUAAGGGCAGUUUUGUAUCUUUUUUAUUAAUAAAAUAUUGCAUGUAUUGUAUAGUUAUGGCUUGAUAUGGAUAAAAUUGUAUUCACAUUAUUUAUAUUGCAUAG